UAGUAGUGCCACAAUAUUUAUUUUGAAGCUGUGGAGAGUAGAAAUUUAGUAACAAGAUUGAGAGAAUUAAGGCUGUGCAUGCACAAAGGGCUGUAAACAGUUAAAUCUCGCAGGGGAUUCCCAGUGAAGCUGUGUGUGUGUGUGUAGGUGAUAGUCAGUCCGUCAGUUGGACGGCUGCUGCCUCACCAUGGCUGUUCUCUCUGCAGAGGUCCUAUGCUGGCAUGCUCGCAUUGAAGAGCUUGAGGAGGAACUGGAAGCUGAGCGGGCCAUCAGGGCCAAGGUGGAGAAACAAAGAGCAGAUCUGACUAGAGAACUUGAUAAUCUCACUGACCGACUUGAGGAAGCAGGAGGGAUCACCACCUCACAGAUGGAGGUGAACAAGAAGCGAGAGGCUGAGUUGCAGCGUCUGAGGCGAGACCUGGAGGAGACCUGUGUCCAGUCAGAAGUGUUGGCUGCUUCUCUGAAGAAACGGCACAGUGAUGCCAUGGCAGACCUGAGUGAGCAGUAUGAAGCUCUGCUGCGGACUAGAGCCAAGCUCGAGAAAGAGAAGCAGAGUCUGAGGAUGGAGGUGGAUGAGCUGACUGCUUCACUGGAGAGUCUGCAGAAAGCCAAGACAUCUUCAGAAAGCCAGAUGAAGAAGCUGGAAGAGCAGCUGUCAGAAGCCAACAGGAGAGGAGACGACCUGCAGAGGAACCAGACCGAGCUCAGUGUGGCCAGGAACAGACUAACAUCUGAUAAUGCAGAUAUGAGUCGACAGAUCGAGGAGGCAGAGGCCCGAGCCAGCCAGCUGAGCCGCUCCAAGGCUCUGCUCCAAUCCCAACUGGAAGAUUUAAAGAAACAUCUGGACGAGGAGGUCAAGUGUAAGCAUGUGCUCAGCAGCAGUCUGAGCACCGUGCUGCAGGAGUGCGAGGUGCUGAAGGAGCAGGUGGAGGAGGAGCAAGAGAGCAAGCACGAGCUGCAGCGUCUUGUUUCCAAACUCAACAGCGAAAAGACGCACUGGAUGACCAAGCAUGAGACAGAUGCCAUACAGCACGCCGACAAGCUGGAGGACACAAGGAAGAAGUUGGCAACCAGACUUCAGGAGGCUGAGGAGGCUGUGGAAGCCACGCAAGCCAAAUGUUCCUCGCUCGAAAAAAACAAGCAGAGGCUGCAGGGAGAGGUGGAAGAGCUCUGCAUAGACCUGGAGAAGGCCAGCAGCUGCGGUCAGGCUCUGGAUAAGAAGCAGCAGGUCCUGGAGAAGCAGCUUGAAGACUGGAAGCAGAAGUGUGAGGAGCUGGUGACUGAGGUGGAAGGCUGCCAAAAGGAGAGCAGGCAACACGCCAGUGAGCUUUUCAAACUCAAGACAACCCAUGAAGAGUCUCUGGAGCAGCUCGAGGCCCUACGCAGGGAGAACCAGGUCUACCAGGAGGAGGUAGCUGACAUGACAGAUCAGCUUUCAGAUGGAGGUAAAAGUGUCCAUGAGCUCCAGAAAGCAAAGAAGAAGAUUGAGAUGGAGAAAGAAGAGUUACAAGCCUCACUGGAAGAGUCAGAAGCAGCUUUGGAGGUUGAGGAGACUAAGGUGCUGAGGCUGCAGCUGGAGUUGUCUCAAGCUAAAGGAGACCUGGAGCGCAGACUUCAGGAGAAGGAGGAAGAGAUGGUUGCUGCUAGAAAAUGCCACCAGAGGGCGCUGGAGUCCCUGCAGGCCACUCUGGAUGUGGAGGUGAAAGGAAAGGCAGAGGGGCUGAAGUUAAAAAAGAAAUGUGAGGCUGACAUCAAUGAGCUGGAGUUACAGGUGGAGCUCCUAAACAAGAGCAAUGCAGAACUCAGCAAGAGCAGCAAGAAGAUGCAGCAACAGAUAAAGGAGCUGCAGGCCCAGUUGGAAGAGUCGGUACGGAGCAAUGAGGAGUGCCGGGAGGAGCAGAUAGCCGCGGAACGACGCUGCUCUUUAUUGGUUAGUGAGGGGGCGGAAACUUGUGCAUCCCUGGAGAUCACAGAGAGAUCCUGCAAGGCCUUGGAGAUGGAGCUGCAGGAUACCAGAGAGAAACACAGCGACCUAAACAACCAGUUCCAGUUGGCUCUGAGUGCGAGGAGGAAGCUGGAGGUGGAUCUCCAGACUCUGCUGCAGGAGAAUGAGGAGCUGCAAGGAGCGCUAAGAGGUUCAAUGGACAAGUCUAACAAGGCCAGCUCUGAGUUAGCACGAGUGGGGGAAAAGCUGCGUCUGGAGCAGGAACAUACACUCCACCUGGAGAGAGUGAAGAAAGGUCUGGAUGCUCAAAUCAAAGACAUGAGCACCAGGAUGGAUGAGGCCGAGCAGAUGGCUCUGAAAGGAGGCAAGAAGAUCAUCCAGAAGUUGGAGGGAAAGGUAAAGGAGAUGGAGCUGGAGUUGGAUUCAGAGCAGAAGCGGCACGCUGAGGCGGUGAAGACAGUGCGUAAGAACGAGCGCCGUCUGAAGGAACUGUUAUUCCAGUCAGAGGAGGACCAGAAGAACCAGCUCAGAAUGCAGGAGCUGGUGGAAAGGCUGCAGAACAAGUUGAAGGCCUACAAGAGUCAAGUGGAGGAGGCUGAGGAGCAAGCUAACAUUAAUUUAGCAAAGUACAGGAAAACCGUCAAUGAGUUGGAUGACGCUGAGGAGCGAGCCGACAUUGCUGAAACAGCACUCACUACGAUCCGGACCAAGAAUAGAGGCAGUUUUGGCAAAGGACACUCUUCUGGUUACAGCAUGCCGUACCCCGGGAAGGUCAGGUCCCCCAGCCCUGUGGGCUCAGAGGGCAGAGGGCACAAGAUCCUCAACGACGACAACGAGUCAGUCAACUCCCUCAUCCCAGCGUACCUUAACUCUCUGAAAAAACUAAUGAUUGAUUAGAAGCCCAGCGGUGCGGACAACAACCACUCCCCCAACUCUCAGUUUGAAGCUGCUCAAACCUCACAACUCAUUCAGUGUGUGUCACAUGUUUGUCUAUUGAACCUUUUAAAAAUGUACACUCAUCUCUUUCUGUAGGAUCCUUACUUUAAUAACACAAUCCAACACAUCUACUGCUUAAUGGAAUAUUUGUAUCUAAAAACUGUAAUUGUGUUCCAACACAAGAUUGCACUGUAGAGUCUCAGGAACAGAAAAAUAGCAAGGCUUUUGUUAAGUUUAUUUGCACUCUGCAUGGUUCAAACUAGUCAGGCUUGCAGUAUUAUAUUUCUCUCUAUCUGUGCUAUUA